AUGGAAACAACUAAAGUUUUUACGAAAUUAUUCAAUAAAGAUGGAAGUUUGAGUUUACCAGUAAACUUUCAAAAAAGUGGAUUUACCUGGAGCAUCACAUUGGAGUUUGCAGAAGUUCACAAUGUACCUGCAAUUGAUUUCAAACUUAAAUGUGAUGGAAUUCAUGACGGAAUAUAUUUAACUAUGUCCAUACAAAUUGUAAAUUUAACAAAAGGAAUUUUUCAAAAUUUUGAACAUGUUUUCGAUCGUCAAAGGAAUACUUUCUAUUACAGGAGAAUUGUAACAGGAAUCCGUACUGUCAGUAAAGAUAAAAACGGAAAGACAAUUACCAGUUUUCCUAUAAACCGAUUUCUGUUGGAUGAUGAGACCAGAGAGCACUACGAUUCGAAGGAGCAGACCAAAUGGCCUUUUUACAAUCCUGUGACGUGGAAUGUAUUAGAUGAUGGUCGGGUCGAAGCUAAAAAUAUCCGAAAAUGUUAUAACAAGUUUGAAUACGUCAUUGUACUGAAACAAUUAGCCGUAAACGAAACUUCACCACCCAGAAGUAUUCCAAAAUGGCCAAAAUCGGAUAAUUAUCCUGUUCAGAUAAAAUUUUUCGAACCGAUGUGGCCGGAAGUUCGUAAACUAAUGACAAAGAUGAAAAAGAAGAAAAAGAUAAUCCAAGAGAAGUACAUCGAAAAUAUCGUCGAUAUUCUCGGAGCUUACUAUCACCAAUGGGACUUUGAUGAAGACAAACUGUUGGAGUUGAACAGUAUUGCUAUCAAAAUUGGUUUCAUUCGGUUUAUGGAUGGGAUCGGAAUAGGAGGAGAUUUUUUGAAGAUGACUAAUUCUAAUUGGGCAUCAAACAUUGUGAAAACACAUCAAGGAAAAAAUAGUUUGAUGAAGACCAAACAAGAAUUUGAAAGAUAUCAAAGAAAUUGGAAAGUCAAUCGGAUUCCGGAAGCAACAGACCCAUCAAGUGUUUUCAAAAUACGUCUCCGAGAUCACCUACAAUGGUAA